UGAAGCAAUAUAGAAAUGUAUAUUCAUACAGUGCUGGGUUUUGUGUUACAUACUUUCUCCAAAAUAUAUUCACUAUGUGGCCACAAGGGGGAGUUUCAUGACCUAGCAUUUGAAGUAAGCCUGGCAUUUUGCAACUGGUUUCGAGUAUUGUGUGUCUAAGGGUUCCUCGGCUUCAUUUAUCAAUAUAGCCUGUUUCUUUGAUAUAAAAAACAGUAUAACAACAUGGAUUGUAUAACAACAUUAAUCAUAUGAUCAUGAUAUCUAAUUGUUGUAAUGUAAUAUGUUUUUGUUCCUUUAUUGGUGUAUUCACCUCAGAAAUACCUAUAGAUGCGGUACAGUAUCAUAGAUGGUGUUACAUACAGCAGAAUGUCACUCAUCAUUUGUACAUUUUCAGAAUGUGUUUGAUUGGAUAUAAAUUCAUGAACGCUUUUCUUUUUCAAUAUUCAGGGACAGGAAAUGCUUUUUAGAUUGUGACUAUAAUCUAUAUAAAUUAAAUAGAAUAAUGUAAUGCUCUAUUAUGCAUUAGUCAUUUUUCUUGGCAUCAUUACAGGAAAAACAUGUCAGACAUGACAAAAAUAAACAUAACAAGGUUAAUAUGUUUGGUACAAUGUGAACACAAAUAUAAUAGAUGUUUAGUCUGGACAUGAACAGUUGGUAUUGCUCAGUGAGAUUAUGAUGUCAUGGGAAUUGUUUCGGUCUUGCAGAUGGUGUGUGACCUGUAGGUGUGUUUGCGCACGUUUAUCUGAGGCAUGUACCAAGUUGAGCUACUGAUCAGGUCAUUUCUCGCCAAUCCAGUGCCACUGUUCAGAUCAUUCCAGUUUUUCUCUUGGUCAUUGAAGGUGUUAACCUCUGGUCUGCUCCGCUCUUUAGACAGUUCUGUCUGCUCUCAUUUCAGGAUUCAGUCCUGUCAGAGAUGUAGUACAAACUGGAACCAAACUUCUUCCAUGCUUCAAGGCAGGUUUGGUUCAGCAUAUUGUACCUUCUCUUUAGAUCGGCCUUUUCUUCAUCCAUGUUUUUGUUUUGGACCUGUAGCUCGUCUCCCUGUUCAGUCAGGUUGUUGUUGUUGGUUCUAUAAACUAACAACCUCUCCUCCAAACGGACAGUGACUCCAUUAUAGUAGACAAACAGCACCAUGAUCCCAGCCAGUAGGAGAAGGCACAGCAGGCCCAGACACGCUGCAGCAACUCUGGAACAUCUCCCCAUCGAGCCCUGAGCCGUAGUUACUUUCUCCAGGUCUACUCUUUGGUGUGGUGUCUUCUGUCUUGGUACCGGAAUCAUGUCCUUUCAGUGUCUCUGCACUGAAAGGACAAUGACAUCGUCGUGUUCUUUUCCUCCGUCAUUCCAAUUCAACUAUUACAUACACUGUAUUCUAAUAUGUCUCUGUACUGCUCUGUGACUGCACUGUGCUGGGUUUAAGACCCUAGGGAACAGGAAGGCAUUUUUUACACCUGUGAGAAAGGAAAUGACAACAGAACCACCCACCAUGCAAUUGUUAAGUGUUACAAAAUAUACAACUAAGCUGCCACCUAAGUUGUGUGUAUGAAAAUAAUAAGAAAAAUGCAGAUGCUUGUCACUUCAGGUGGACAGACUUCUUUCCCAGGUAGAGUAACGUCUGAGCGUCAGAUAUAGGCCUACUGUUCACAGAAGUGCAAAUCCUUGAGAAGAUCAGAUAAUGUGGCUGGUGAAGUGGGUAUAUAACAGAUUGUCUUCAUGAUUGAGUCCUGUGUAGCAACCAAAAAACACAAUCAUGAAGUACAUUAUUCUCCUGUCUGUUAGUCGUUGCGUGUCAGUCCUUGCUUUACUCGUUGAGAGAAAUUGUUUAAGUUCACAUUGGUGUCCAUUCUGUGAUAAUACACAGUGAAUAUUUACUGAACACAGGCACUUAAGUGUUGUAUUUCCAUGCAAUUUCACACUGAUUCCUUCUGUCUGUAUUUCAGUCGCUGUCCUCAUUGAGGAUAACAAGAUUUUCGGAGGGUAUGAAUGCAGAAAGAACUCUGCAUCCUACCAGGCAUCACUGCAGUCUGGCUACCACUUCUAUGGUGGCUCCCUGAUCUCCAGCACAUGGGUGGUGUCUGCUGUACACUGCUACAAGUCAUAUGUGACUGAUGAAACAUUCUUCAAAAACAUUGACAGUAUGUUUGACAUUAAACCUUUUUUGUACAUCUGAUUAACCCUCCCCAGCCACAUUCAGGUGUGUCUACGUGACCACACAACAUUGUUGUCAAAGAGGGCACUGAGCAGUUCGACUCAGGGAAGGUCAUCAUGCACCCCAGUUACAACAGCUGCAACCUGGACAACGACGUCAAGCUGAGCAAACCCACCUCCCUGAACAGCUACAUGUGCACUGUGGUCAUGCCCUGCAGCUGUGCCAGCUCUGGCACCUGCUGGCUGGGGAAACCUACCCAGCAGAGGCUGUGGCCUUCUACCCCGACCAACUGUUCUGCCUGGAUCUCCCCAUCCUGAGCAGCGGCAACAGCACCUACCAUGGACAGAUCACCUACACAUGUUCUGUGCUGGCUUCGUGGAUGGAGGCAAGGACUCUUGCCAGGGAGACCGUGGUGGGCAAUGGGCAGCUGCAGGGUGCUGUGUCCUGGGGUUACAGUUGUGCCCAGACUAAGAUCUGCAACUCCUGGAUAAGCAGCACCAUGUCCUCCAACUAAUUGAUUAAGACUGGAAGAGACAGAAACCCAUGAUAACUGAAUUCCCUCGAUCCUCUAUUUACUCAAGUCUAUCUGCACAUCUCUGUUGAUGGGUACUGUCAUAUAGUUGUUUUUGCACUAACAUAAAGCAAUUUAAAUGAUAGUUUUCAGAGAGAGUACAUGUCUCUCUUGGCCAGCUUUUACAGUUGAAUAACGUCUGCUCCAGGACUUUAGCUGUAGGCUACCUAGUAUGAAUUAAUAAUAUAUUAUGCAAACUAAUGCACAUUACAGUGAAUGUUGAUCUCAGUAUGUCCCUGCACAAGAUGCUCUCCUAGCGCCCCUAUUUAUUUAUGUGCCACUUAGUUGUAGCCUGUGAACAUAUGCCUUAUGCUGCCCCCAUUGAAAUAUUAGUUAGUUGUCAGGCAGAUAUUGCUCGUCCCCAACAAUGGUGUGGUACGGCCAGCCAUCUGUCGCUGUGUGAAUGGAACUGUCAGUUGGUCCGUCUGUAAACCAGGCCUGACUCAUGACUGAGUACUACGAGGAGGGGGGCCUGCUGUACGAGCACUCGCCUCCCAUGCACAUCAAAGUGGAGUCUCCGGAGGGACCCUUCGGAGGGGGCGUCUCAGAGGACGGCUUUCCCAGGGAGGAUGAGGACUCGGAAGGCAGCUGCGACCAAAGCAGUGGGCUGCCUGGUGGACUACCCUUCAACGUGGUGGUGGUGCAUCCGAACAUCAUGACCCCUGGCAUGUCCUCAGAUGACCUCCUAUCCAUGGAACAGCACAGAGGUAUUUCCUCUGUUUUGGCAGCAGGGGGUGCAGGCAAGAGGAAGAGUCGUUUUAGCGGUGCAGAGCUGGAGGUGCUGGUUUCUGAGGUGACGCGGUGUGAGGGAGAGCUUUUUGGUCCUGCUGGGAGGCUCCGGCGCAGGGAGAGAGAGAGGAUCUGGGCAGGGAUCCUGGAGCGGGUCAACGCUGUGUCCAGAGUCCCUCGCACCCUCCGCGAGGUCAAGAAGCGCUGGGACGACCUGAAGAGACGCAAUGGAGGCAGGCUGGCAGACGCUAGGCACCGAACUUGUUACCUGCCAUCUAAUAGAGGGGCUUCCAUGCUGGGACGGUCAGCUCAGGCAAGCCCCAGGCUUCACCAGGCCAGACAGAAGCAAAGCACCAGAGGGAAGGCCAGUUUCACGUGCUUCACUGAUACAGAACCAGUGGGUGGAGGUGAAGGGUCGGAGAGGGAUGGCUUUGAGAAGGAUGAGGAUAGUGGUGAGCGGGAAGUGGAGGUGGGAGAGGCGGAAUGCGAGGGGGCAGAUAGCAGUAUGGAGGAAAAGCUGGGAUUAGGACUGGGAAUAGGGCCUCCCCCUAACUCGGAACGCUGGCUGCCUCCCUCUCCCCUCUACAGCGCCCCUUUCCUCAAUGGGACCCCUCAGCCUAGUCCCCAGCCCUCACUAGGGGCCCAGCAGGGACCCCUAGAGGCCCCUCCUCGUGGCUCAUGGCUGGAGGACGAGCUCCGCGGCAUGGGGGAGGCAGCUCUGCAGCUGGGGGAUCGGGUGGAGCAGAGUCUUCGGGAGUUUGGGGAGGGAUUCAGACGUGAUAUGAGAACAUUAGUGGUCUCUCAAGAGGCACUGGCAACCAGCCUACAGCAAAACAAUGUUCUCCUGCAAAGGCUGCUGGGAGUCUUAGAGGCACAGCAGCAGCAGCAACAACAACAACAACAACCAACAACCACCACAGCAGCAGCCACAUCAUUCCCAAAAACAAGAGCCACAACAGUCAACGCAGCAACCACAACAGUUACAGCAGCAGAAACCACAGCCUCAACAACUGAUUCAGCAGCAGCAACAACAACAGAUACAACAGCAACAACUGCUACAACAGCAACCCCAGCUGGUGCAGCAACAACAGAUACAACCGCUACCACAGCAACCGCAACACCCCCAGAGUCCAAGUAAUCAACCAACUUUAGCAGUUGCCCCUGUACCACCACCCCCAGAUAUUCUUGAUGGUACCACCCGUCCAAAUCCACCCGCAGUCAUUAAUGGAAUUGUCCAACGGCCAAGGCGGGGGAGAAUUGUUGAUCAUAGACGAAGAAGAAGGCGUUAGAUAAAGAGAUGUAAAUAAGCUUUGAUGUACUUUAUUUAUUUUCUCUUAUACAAUCUGAUUUGAAAUAAUUAUGUCCCUCUAAUUUCAACCAAUGCUGAAAAAGUUGUGUUUUAUGAGUACA